AUGGCCUCUUCCUCGCUCAACACGACUCUCGAGUCGAUGAUUCCAUCGCCCGCCCCGCUUCGCGUCCUCAUCCUCGGCUCGGGUGGACGUGAGCAUGCCAUCGCCAACCACUUUCUCCGCUCGCCUCGCGUAGAGCAUGUCUUCUGCGCUCCCGGCAACGGUGGUACCGCCACGCUCGACUCUCGAUGCACCAACCUCGAUUCGCCCAAGGCGUCUGGCGACUUCACCGAAAUCACCACAUGGGCCGUGCAGAACGGCAUCAACCUCUGCUUCCCCGGUCCUGAACAGCCUCUCGUCGAUGGCGUCGAGCUUGCCUUCCGCAAGGUCGGCAUCCCCGUCUUCGGUCCCUCGCCCGUUGCCGCGCAGAUGGAGGGCUCCAAGACCUUCGCCAAGGCUUUCAUGGACAAGUACAACAUCCCCACCGCCGCCGCCCAGUCCUUCGAUGCUUCGCAGGUGCAAGAGUGUCUCGAGUACAUCCAGAAGCUUGGCGGUGCCCAACAAAUUGUCCUCAAGGCGUCUGGUCUUGCUGCCGGUAAGGGUGUCCUGCUCCCUGAGUCGGAUGAGGAGGCUCGUCAGGGCGUAGAGGAUAUCCUCGUCAAGAAGGUCUUCGGCGAUGCUGGCUCAUCGCUCUUGAUCGAGCAGAGGCUCCUUGGCCCCGAGCUUUCGGUGCUUGCCUUCUCGGACGGAUACACCAUCACUGCUCUGCCCGGCUGCCAAGACCACAAGCGUAUCGGCGAGGGCGACACUGGCCCCAACACGGGUGGUAUGGGUGCCUACUCGCCCGCGCCUGAGGGCCUUGUCGAUGACCUUCCCGCUCGCAUCCGCAAGGAGGUCCUUGUCCCCACGAUCGAUGGCAUGCGCAGCGAAGGUUUCCCUUUCGUCGGUAUGCUCUUUGUCGGUCUCAUGCUCACCGCUGACGGUCCCAAGGUGCUCGAAUACAAUGUCCGCUUCGGUGACCCCGAGACCGAGGCUGUUCUCGAGCUCCUCGACGAGUCCCAGACCAGCCUCGCCGACAUCAUCCUCGCCUGUGUCGAGCGCCGACUCGACCAGGUCAAGCCCGUCGUUCGCAACCAACACGCCGUCAGCAUCGUCCUCGCCAGCCAAGGCUACCCCGGCAAAUAUCCCACUGGUGUCCCCAUCACGAUCGGUGCCGUUCCUCAGAACGUCACCGUCUACCACGCCGGUACCAAGCUCGAUGGCAGCGGACAGCUCGUUACUGCUGGUGGCCGUGUCAUUGCCGUUUCGGCAUUCGGUGACACGCUGCAAGAGGCCGUCGAACUCGCCUACAAGGGUGUUGACGCGGUCCAAUUCGAGGGCAAGACGUUCCGACGCGACAUUGCGCACCGAGCACUCAAGCCUGCUGCCGGUUCUUCCUCCAAUGGUCUCACCUACGCCGCUGCCGGUGUCGACAUCGAGGCCGGCAACUCGCUCGUCGAAGCCAUCAAGCCUCUUGCCAAGUCGACCCGUCGCCCUGGUUGCGAUGCUUCGCUCGGUGGCUUCGGCGGCACAUUCGAUCUCAAAGCCAUCAACAUGCGCGACCCCGUCCUGGUCUCGGGCACCGACGGCGUCGGCACCAAGCUCCGUGUCGCUCUCGACAUGAACAAGCACGACACGGUCGGCAUCGAUCUGGUGGCCAUGUCGGUCAACGACCUGCUCGUCCAGGGUGCUGCGCCGCUCUACUUCCUCGACUACUUUGCGUGCUCCAAGCUGAGCGUCCCCGUUGCCGCCUCCGUCAUUGCUGGUAUUGCCGAGGGGUGCAGGCAGUCCAGGUGCGGUCUGAUUGGCGGUGAGACUGCGGAGAUGCCGGGCAUGUACGAGGGCGAUGACUACGAUCUGGCCGGUUUCGCGGUGGGUGCCGUGGAGAGGGAGGCGCUGCUGCCGUUGCUCGACCAGUUGAAGGCCGGCGACGUGCUUGUGGGUCUGCGCAGUUCCGGGUUGCACUCGAACGGCUUCUCGUUGGUGCGCAAGAUCAUUGCUCGAUCGGGACUCAAGUAUUCGUCGGCAUGCCCUUGGUCGGCGGAGAAGGACGGCUCAUCGCCCGCUGCCACGCUCGGCGACGCUCUGAUCGAGCCCACUCGCAUCUACGUCGAGGCUCUCACACCGCUCUUUGCCGAGGCGCAGGGUCUGCUCGCUCUCUCGCACAUCACUGGCGGUGGAUUCACAGAAAACAUCCCACGCAUUCUGUCCAAGGGCAAGGGUGUCGAGAUCGACCUGGCCUCGUGGAAGCGACCGGCGCUGUUCGACUGGCUGCAGAAGAUCGGUGGUGUUGCGCCCGAGGAGAUGGCCAGGACGCUGAACAACGGCAUCGGCAUGGUGCUCAUCGUCGAGGCGCAGCAGCAGGAGAGGAUCGUGGAGCUGCUCACCAAGGCUGGCGAGAAGCCGGUUGUCAUGGGCCAGGUGAUCGACGGCGAGGGAGUCCACUACAAGAACAUGGACAGCUGGACGGUAUGA